CCAACAUUCAGGCCCAGCCCAUAUUUUAACCUUCUGCAAGGCCUAAAGCACAUGUAACGCUGCUUCUCUCCUUCUCCGGCGUGCGGCGUGCUCUUCUUCCAUUGCCGAGCUUCUACCCCCUAUGCCGCUGCUAACGUCGUCGCCCGACUGAAACGCUAAAGGUAAUAAGGGAUGGGUGGAGUCAUUCUCGGCAUGCCGGGAUCAUGGGCUAAAGUCUUCCGCGAAGCGUCUGAUCACUAUACCACGAAAAUCGGGGGACUCCCUGACUGGCCUUUUCCUCGGGAAGCAUUGGAGCUGAGCUUGCUCGAGUGCAGAGUUUGCGGGAGUAAACUCUCUCUCGUUGCGCAGGUUUAUGCUCCCAUUGCUAACGGGGCUUUGAUGCUCGAAGAGCGUGUCCUAUAUAUCCUUGGGUGCUUGGUGCCGACAUGUGGAAAAACACCCUUAAGUUGGCGAGCUCUCCGAGUUCAGAAAUCUUGCUCUCGAGAGGACAAAUCAGAUGCUGCUCGCGGGACUGCAGUACCUGACUCUGAACCAUCAGGCUCAGUGAGGGGGAAAAACUGGUGGGAGGAUUUUGAUGAGGACGAUGAUGACGAAGACGUGGAUUUGAAGCAGCUGGGAAGAGCACUUUCAGAAGCCACCAUUGCAGCAUCAAAUCAUAAGAAACAAAAUGGCCAUUGCGAUUCUUCUACUGCUAAAAGGUCCUCAACAUCGAACUCAAGUCUGCGAGGCAAUGACUCUGAUGCAACUGUUGUCCCUUGCUUUUAUAUAUACUCCCAAGAGGAGACCUCAAAGGCUGUCGCAUCAAUUUCCUUGAACUGCUCCUCUCUCUCCAUCAUGGAGGAGAGAAGCAGUAAAGAUGAUGAUAGUGCACGGGAAGAAGCAUGGGAGGAGGAACGUUAUGAAUAUGAUAAAGCCUUGACAGCUGAUCGGACAUAUCUCAAGUUCAAAAAACGAUUGGAUGCUAAUCCUGAGCAGUGUUUCAGAUACUCAUAUGGAGGAAAGCCUCUACUGGCUGAAAAGGCAGACUUGAAGAAUCCCGGCAGUUGUGGGCUUUGUGGUUGCCUGAGACACUUCGAGAUGCAGCUCAUGCCCCCAUUGUUGUACUUUGUACAGGAAGAGGCUGAUGGUCGGCUAAAAGACGGACUUGAGAACUGGAACUGGAUGACCCUAAUGAUAUAUACUUGUUCGCAGAACUGUCAUGUUUCGCAAAGCAAGGACUCCCGUAGAGAGGGUUGGAUCAUUGCCGAGGAAACUGUCCAAGUACAGUACGAGAGAGCCAUGUCUGAACCAGCUCAACUUGGUUAUUUUUCAUGAUGUGUAUUUGUAUAGAAGCGAAACGUUCUGCACCUCGGGAGAAUGAGCAAGUUCACAUUUUUUUAAGCUAAGUUAUUACUUGUAUGAUGUUAAAGAAAGUAUAAAAUUAUUUGAGAAA